AAGGGUUAAACGUUGAGCUUUCGCAGCUCCGGUCGGGCUCCGCGGGCAGCGCUGGCUGCCUCCGAUAUUCCGGCUCGCUGUGGAUUGUGGGAGUCGGUGGGGAACACUGCCCAGGCUGGUUACCGGGAGAACUGGGAGCGGAUUUGUUUUUACCCCGCUACCUUGCUUUAACCCAACGCCGGUGGCACUUGGAGCGCCAUGUCGAGCCGAGGAGGAAAGAAAAAGACGACCAAGACGUCCCGGUCCACCAAGGCCGGCGUCAUCUUCCCCGUGGGGCGCAUGCUGCGCUACAUCAAGAGGGGGCUGCCGAAAUACCGCAUCGGCGUGGGAGCGCCGGUCUACCUGGCCGCCGUCCUCGAGUACCUGACCGCUGAGAUCUUGGAGCUGGCUGGCAAUGCAGCGAGAGACAACAAAAAGGGCCGAGUGACGCCGCGGCACAUCCUGCUGGCCAUCGCCAACGACGAGGAGCUCAACCAGUUGCUGAAAGGCGUGACCAUCGCAGCAGGCGGAGUUCUGCCCAACAUCCACCCGGAGCUGCUGGCUAAGAAGCGAGGCGCCAAGGGGAAGCUGGAGACGCCGGUGUCACCGGCGCCAGAGAAGAAACCCAAGACGGUGAAGAAGACUGCAGCGAAGAAACUGGGUGGGAAAAAGGCUGGAGGGAAAACCAAGAGAGGCGAGGUGAGCAAGUCGGCGUCGGCCGACAGCACAACGGAGGGAUCUCUGGCCGACAGCUUCACCGUUCUCUCCACCAAGAGUCUCUUCCUGGGUCAAAAGAGUGCGUCUGGCGCUAACGCUCUGCCUCUUCGUCGUUCUGCUCCUCUUCCUCCUGUGCAUGCGCCUCCACAGCUCAACCUCAUCCACAGCGAGGUCAGUAACUUGGCUGGCUUUGACGUGGACGGGGUCAUCAACCCCACCAACGCCGACCUUGAGCUAAAAGAUGACCUAGGCUCCGCUCUGGAGAAGAAAGGAGGGAAGGAGUUCACCGAGGCGCUGCAGGAGCUGAAAAAGAAGAACGGCCCCCUGGAGGUGGCUGGAGCCCUUCUGACCGGCGGAUUCGGUCUGCCCGCCAAGUACGUGAUCCACUGCAACAGUCCAGGCUGGGGCUCCGAGAAAUGUGAGGAGAUGCUGGAGAAGACGGUGAAGAACUGCCUGGCGCUGGCCGACGAGAAGAAACUCAAGUCUGUGGCCUUCCCCUCCAUCGGCAGCGGACGGAACGGUUUCCCCAAGCAGACGGCCGCCCAGCUGAUCCUCAAGGCCAUCUCCAGCUACUUCGUGGCCACCAUGUCUUCCACCAUCAAGACGGUCUACUUUGUUCUGUUCGACAGCGAGAGCAUCGGCAUCUACGUCCAGGAAAUGGCCAAACUGGAAACCAGUUAGAGGACUGGCCGCUCGCUCUGCUCGUCCCUCUGCUUUCUGUUUUCUGUUGGAGAGAGGAAAUGAAGAAAAUCACUAGAAGAAGAAGAAGAAGAAGAAGUGUAAAGGCCGGGAACUUGGUUUUUGCAUCCUGUUUGUAUGUUUACUCUAUAGUUUAAUUCCUUAUUUACUCGUCACCUCUGGUGUUUAACUGUAGAUGUGCGCUUUGUUUUUUCUAAAAUCUUUUUACUCAAACAAUGCAGCACAAAACUAAACCAACAAUUUCCAUUUAGUUUUCAGAAUAUAUAUCUAUAAAUCCAGUAAAAUCUGAGCGGUGCUGCGCCGUGCGGGCGGUUUGGACGAUACGGGUCGGUGCAUGUCAGGCAGUAAAAACGGCUCUUCCUGUUGAGCUCGGUUCACUUUAACUGUGUCGUAGUUUUGGGUUUGGAGCGUCUGUCGUACUGUAAAAAGAAAACGGUAAAGAUUAGUUCCGUCUUUAGGAGACUCCAGUAUCGUGUUCUAGAACCAGUUCUUGUGUUGUGUGUUGCUAAUUUCACUUUUCUUGCCUUUUGUUUAGACAGGCAAAGUAUUUUCUCUGUGCACUGCAAAAACGUAGAAAAGUUGUUCCAAGCAGCGUAAAUUCAUCCGUGUCUGGCUGAAAACUGGAGGUUUUUGCAGAACGCCUUUUGUUUCUCUUCGUGUUCCUAUAAGUGUUCAUAUAGAUAGGAGUGUUUGUGAAACAUUAUGGACAAAUAUUAAACUGUAAUAGAAUUUUAUUUGUUUUAAUUUCCCGUGAUUAUAAAAUGGCACAAAGAGUUGGAAGAAAAAAAGUCGUGUAAGAUUGUUUUGUGUGUGUGUUCCUCUUUUUGUUUGUUUUUGUUAAGCCAUAAAAGAUAUUAGUGCUGGAAGCGGAGGCUGCUGCUGUUGGCUCGGCCGCCGCCAGGGGGCGCUCUGUCACCAGACAUGGCCCCGGCCUGUCAGCCAUGUUUGCCUCAGCAGCGCAGAUGGAUCAGAUUUGAGCGGAUUGGGAGCGAAGGACAUCAGACAUGCAGGUCUGCAUUUGGACUUUUCAGCAGCUCGACUUUCUUAUGAGAAGAUAAAAAUUGUUAAACGCUUUCUAAAGAAUUGCUACAGUCUGAUUAUACAAAGAGAUUUAAAAAGGUCUGUAUUCACUCCAGUAAUAAAAACCCUUUAAAAACGUCA